CUUCAUCUCUCAUAACAGCAUGCAAAGUCAUUCCAUAAACCAUAACGAAACCUUCCACAUUAAUUCCUUGCUGUAUACCUAUAAUGAGAAUAGUUCACGAGAGUACGUCUCACCCAAAGAAUAUCAGAAAAAGACAGAGGGAGUUGAAUGCUUACGAAAAGUCCAAAAGGGCCAAAAGGUGAACAAGACAAAAAAAAAGAUUGUGCUUGGCAAAGCCAUCGUGGAGGGUCAAGAAAAGAUGAGUUUACGGGAGUUAAAAGCACUUAGCCGACAAAUCAGACCUUGUCAUGAUAUUAUGUCAAUCAGUCGAAAGUUACGAGAGAACUUGACAAGAGCAAAGAGUAAAAUGAUGGAUAGUCUCAGUAAAUCUAAUGCAGAAAAGGAUCUAAAGAUUUAUGAAUAUCUUCUCAUGGAUGAUCUCUCCACUAUCUCUUCUUCUGUUCCUUCCUCACCUAACCUCUCUUCCGCUUCCUCUGAUUACGAUGAUGAUGAUGAUGAUGAUGAUAAUGAAGAAGAUGAUUUCAGUAGUGUGACUACCACUGAAUCCACAUUUCAACUUAAAUUAGUUACAAGUGACUCUGGUUCUGUCUCUGUCGUACCAUCAUCAUCACACACUCCUAAAUUACCACCUUCUCAUGCUAUUAUGUCAAGUCCAUAUGAUACGGCUCUUUUACCUCUAUAUACCCCAGACUUUGCUUCCAUCGAUAUGGACUUUUUCUUUCCAAAGUCCACUCCACUUACGCAUCUUCAUCAUCACCAUCAUACCACCACUAACACCACUGCCGCCAGUGACGUGACUGAGGAUCAAAUCAACUCUUGGUUACAGAGGGGAGGUUUCGGUGAUAGCAUGACUCCCCUUACCAUGGCAACAGAUCAAGAACUAGCAGAUUUGUUAGACUUUGAUGUAUAAAGCAAAAAAAAAAAAAAAAAAAAA